CACACACACACACACACACACACACACACACACACACACACACAGAUUCAGGUGUAUAUAUAAACUCUGCAUCUCUACAGUUGGGGAUCCGUCACCACUAAGGUGUCAUUAUGAAAGUCGUAGCUCUUGCCCUGACCCUCCUCUUGGCUUUGGGCUGUCAUGCCCGCACCCUGCAGGCCGAUGCUCCCACCCACCUGGUGCACGAUGGGGCAGUUGUCUACCCGGCCCAGGUGAGGUACCGGGACGAAAAGUUCUUUUUGGACCCGGAUGAAGGCGAUUACAAGUUGACAUUAACAGAGCUCAUUGAGAAGCUGCAGAAAAAUGGUGAUUCCACCUCCACCCCACUGAAACCCUUUGCCACCCAGUUGGUUGAGGGAACCCAGGCUGUGUACAAUUACUUCCUAAAAGAACUGGAUGACCUUCAUGCCAAAGUAGAGCCACACCGUGCUGAGCUGCGCCAAGCCAUCGAGAAGCACCUGGACGAGUAUGGCGAGCGUCUCAUCCCCAUCUUCCGUGACUACAUGGUUGAUAAUCAGAAGGAGAUCAAUGCUCUUCGCCAGAAGCUUCAGCCUGCCCUCGAUGACCUGAAGGCCAAAGUGGACACCAACAUUGAGGAGACCAAGACCAAGCUUGCCCCUAUUGUCGAGGCUGUGCGUGGAAAGCUCGCAGAAAGGCUACAGAACCUGAAGGACCUGGCCAGCCCCGUGGCUGAUGAAUACAAAGAGCACAUGCUGAAGGCCAUCGAGGAUGUCAAGGGAAAGCUGGCACCCUACACCACCCAGCUCCAAGGCCAAAUCGAGCCCUAUAUGGAGACCCUGAGAGCCAAAUUCCAGUCUUUCUAUGAGUCCGUCGCCCAGGCCAUUCAGGCCUAAACACUGCUUCUGCCAGGACUCGCAUUCUCACACUCGCACAUGAACGUAUUCAUGCAUGCAAAAUAAAAUAUAUAUUUAAAAAGACAAAUCUGAGACUGAGACCUGAGUGACUUUUAAACAAGACCAAAGAAAAUUUAUACAGUAUGAAAAAUUAUAUUAACACCUCAGUUAACACCUUUUUCAUUCUCAAAUCCUGGGACAGUGUCAGGUUACCUGUGACAAUUUAUCCAAUCGCUCAUACAUUUAGCCUUGAAAUGUAGACAUUUGACCAGGAGACACAUUUUUUAUCAGUGUCUCCACUGGAUUGUAGGUGUCAGAUCUCAUGUCAUAUCUUGCUUUCUAUGUACAUCAGGGUCUGAUUCUUUAUAAAACAUAAAAAAAUACAGACCAGUGAUGAUUUUUCUCCAAAAAAACGUGUUUUAAAUAAUCGAUAAUCUUGCCGUAGAGAUACACACCCACCUCUCUGUGCAGCGUAUGAGGGCAGUGUGUGAUGUAUUGGGUCCCGGGUUCUACGUGGUUCUGACACAUUAAACACAGUUUGCAUCCAGACGGCGCUGCCUGAUGGAGGGGAGAAAAAAUAUAUAUAUACACAAUUGAUUUAUUCAGUAUAAAAGUACUUGACUAAUGUACUGUACAUGCAAACAGCCCAUGUUUACAGUCUUGUGAUAAACUAAUGAACUAAAUAAACACUUGAAUCAAA